AGCAGCUCGUGAGGCCGCCUCAUUGGCACAUGUCCCGGCGGGGUGGAGCGAUGCGGGGCCGCCUCUUGUUUUGCGGUCUUGUGUUUUCAGCUUCACUUCAGAGCAGCUGCAGCAGCGCGAGGACCGGAGCGUGGACCGUGGGACUCUCAGUGGAGGCUUUUUUUCCGGUUUGAUCACCGGAGCAGAAAACUGAGAGGUGGGAGUGAUUGUGCGCACAGAAAACCGGAUUCUAGUGUGAGACUGACUGAGGAGCAGAGGAGCUGUGAUCGCUCUGUCCCCUCCAGUCCUGCGGGGUGUUUCACUGAGAGCAGAGGGUAUCGCUGAGUGGGGUGUCACUGUGGAGCUUCCUCGUCGCCAAAUGGAUGUGCGCGCGUGAGGAGACUACUAAUGAACGGCGCGCUGCGUCCUGCCGAGGCGCGCCGCGUCCCCUGCUGACGCUGAGGGCCACAGAGGAGCCGAUCCGUCAUCCAGAGGGGGGCCUGAUCCUUACCUGAGGAAUUUUACACCUUCGACACGGGGGAUUAAUGCGCGCGGCCUGACACCACAGCUGUUUUUGUUUCCACGUCCACGGGAGGAGGAUUUCACCUCCAGCAGCUGCAGAAAAUGGGCAACAGCUUCUCGAACAUCUCCGCCUUCCAGUCCCUGCACAUCGUCAUGCUGGGUCUGGACUCAGCCGGGAAGACCACCGUCCUCUAUAGACUCAAGUUUAAUGAAUUCGUGAACACGGUGCCCACGAUCGGCUUCAACACGGAGAAGAUCCGGCUCAGUAACGGCACCGCGAAGGGCAUCAGCUGCCACUUCUGGGACGUCGGGGGUCAGGAGAAGCUGAGGCCGCUGUGGAAGUCCUACAGCCGCUGUACGGACGGUAUCAUAUACGUGGUGGACUCUGUGGACGUGGACAGGCUGGAGGAGGCGAAGACGGAGCUGCACAAAGUCACCAAGUUUGCGGAGAACCAGGGGACCCCUCUGCUGGUCAUCGCCAACAAACAGGACCUGCCCAAGUCUCUGCCUGUGGCGGACAUAGAGAAGCAGCUGGCCCUGCACGAGCUCACCCCCUCCACCACCUACCACAUCCAACCUGCCUGUGCCAUCAUAGGUGAGGGGCUGCACGAGGGCAUGGACAAAUUGUAUGAGAUGAUCCUGAAGAGGAGGAAGUCUCUGAAGCAGAAGAAGAAGCGGUAACAGGAGCUGACUCUCCACAGGUUUCCUCUGCAGUGACUGAACCUCCAGUUUGGAUUAAAGCUGCGUGACACUGUGAAGCUGCUGAGUGAUGCUUCUGCAGGAUUUUUACUCAUGAAAUAACCAAAAUAAGAAUAAAAAAAGACUGAGAAACUGACUCCAGAUCAGCAGCAGGCGGAGGAGCAGGCUGGCCUGAUCCUCUGCUGCAGGACUCGGAUGGUUUUCUUUCCUCUGUGGAGACACAUGUUUGAUUUUGCACGAGGCUGGGGUCACGUGCUCCUGCUGCCCUCUGGUUUGAUUUUUUAACAGACAUCAGCGCUGGAUGUCCUUCGACUGUUUUUUGGAGCAUUGAAGUAGCCUUUUCCUCUGCGUGGUGGACUGAGGACUCACUGUUCACUACUUUGCACUUUUAUUUCCUAACAGACUGUAGAGAGACACUGUAUUCAUAGAGGAGCAGAUCAGGUGGUUUAUGUACUAAGAAGCCAAAAUUGAAGUAUUUUUGGAAUAUUAAAAGAUUUAAAAUCCAG